AGAACCUGAAAAGGAAGAGAAACAAACAACACAAAAUUCCAUUUGGCCUUUUGGCCUUUGGCAUCAAUGCGCACUAAAGCAACAAACAAUUGAAAACCCAGAAAAGAGGACAAAGCAAGAUCUUCAGACCAAUCUCACGUCUUUCCCGAAAAAAGCUUUAUACCCUCCUCAAUUUUCCUUAACCCUGAAGUUUUCUCUCUCCUUUUUAACAUAAACUUUUAAACUCUCCUUAAUCUCUCCCCUGCUUCUUUCUGUUCUUCAAUGGCGGAUGGAGGGUUAUACACCAAGCCUCAACGGCUACUUUCUUCAACAACUAGCCAAAACAAAAAGAACCCAAGUAAGUUUUACUCUCAUUUUCUGUUCAAAGCCAUAAUUAUCACAAUUUCCAUUGUUAUCAUCCCAUUUUUACCUUCAGAAGCCACUGAUGUUGUCAGCCCAUCUAUUUUUUCAAGAUGGUGGGAGCUUCUUCACUUAAUUUUUGUGGGUAUUGCUGUUUCUUAUGGUUUAUUUAGCCGUAAAAAUAAUGAUUUAGAAGAAGAAAACAACUCUAAAUUCGAUCAUGCUCAAUCUUAUAUGUCUAGAUUACUUCAAGUUCCUCCAGUUUUUGAUGAUGAAGUUGAUAGCCCAACUGGGUCUGAUGAUAGUAAUUUAAACAAGUUACAAACUUGGAGUUCACAAUAUUAUAGAAAUGAACCUGUGCUUGUUGUUGCUAAAGAUAAUUCUAGUGUGGAUAAAAAUUCUGGGGUUAUUGAAAAACCCUUGUUGUUACCUGUUAGAAGUUUGAAAUCCCGGGUUUCGGAUCGAAACGAUGUUGAAUUGGAUAACCGGGUGGAUUCUAGGGUUCCUAGGGUUCAUGUUAGAUCCAAUUCUAGUCCUAGUGCUGAUGAGUUUUCAAUUGAUUCCAGAAGAGUUAGCAGAAAUGAUGUGAAAUUGGGUAAUGAGCAGGAAUCUGGGGGUUCUAGGGGUUAUACAAGAUCAAAUACAAGUUUAAGUUCUAAGAGGAUUGGCAGAACUUAUAGUGUGAAUUCAGGGGCUUCGGCUCGUAAUGAUUUUGGGUUUGUUGAUGGAGAUGGUGAGGUUUCUAGAUCAUUGAGUAAGUCGAAUUCGAGCUCGAAUUUAAGGGGAUUUUCGAGAAUACCAAGGAGAACAUUGAGUGAGGAUUAUGGAGGAUUGGAUGAUGAAGAUAAGGACGGACACGAGAAGAAAGUUGACGAAAGUGUUGUGCUUCCGUCUCCGAUACCAUGGCGAUCAAGAUCAGGGAGGAUGCAAAUAAAGAGUGAAUCCCAUGAUUCUUCUUCGCAUUCGCUCCCUGCAUCACUUGAGGAGAGUGGGGCUGCUCAAUUGUUGAGAUCACAGUCCUCACUGUCAUCCCCAUCAAGUUCCUCAUCUUGUUCACCUAAGAAACUCUCUCCUUCCCUGUCCUUAUCAUCGGAGUCCCUCGCUAAAAGUGUGGAAGAUUUCGGGAGAAGAAAGGUUGUUUAUAGUUCCCGUCUUCCACCACCUCCUCCUCCACCACCACCGCCACCACCAGCUCAUAGAUCACAGAUUGUGAAAUCAAAUUCUAGUAAGGAUAGCGGAGACACUUCCAGUCGUCACAAGGAUUUAAAGCGAAGUGUAUGGAGUGAACCACAAGGCAUAGGCAGGGAAAAUAGGGAGGAAUUGUUGAGCAGAACAAAUAAAGGGUUAGAAUCGAAAGCUGAUAGUUCAUCUGUGGGGAAGUCUGUUCGAACUUUAAGAGGUAGUGAGAUGAUGUCAACAAGGAACACCCGAGAUAUUGAGGAAGAGGAAAGAAGAUCAGAGGAUAUAGGAUCAGACAUGCCUGAUAAGCCAGAGAGAAAAACUUCAGGGUACAAUCCAAUUUCAAAGGCUUCUUUCUCAGAAUUCUCAAAGGAAACUCGGGAUUACAAUCCAAUUUCAAAGGCUUCUUUCUCAGAAUAUCCAAAGGAAACUCGGGAUUUUCUCGAACAGGUUUUGGUCGGAACUGAUGAUGAAUCUGAAAGCGAGGAUGAGGACUAUGUUGAAGAACGAAUGACAACUGCAAAGGUUGAGGAAGCACCUUCCGAUAGUGUCGAUGAGGGUCCUGAUGUUGACAAGAAAGCUGAUGAGUUCAUUGCCAAAUUCAGGGAGCAAAUCAGGCUUCAGAGAAUUGAGUCCAUCAAGAGAUCGACUGGACAACUUAAAAGAAACAUUGUAAGGUAAUAAAGGCUCAAGUUUUUCUAAUUAACAUUUGAACUUGGGUUUUUCUUGGGGGCUAUAUGUUUUAAUUUUUAGUUAUCACAGAGAUUUACAUUUUGGGUUGGGUAUACGGUGUAUAGAACUUUGCAUAAAUUACUUCAAUUUAUCAGCUAUGACAUGAGUAGUUUUCUGCUAUAAUUCUAUAUCACUUGGUUUUUCUUUGAA